GAAUGACCUUAUAAACUUCUACCAACUGUACUUAGUUUUAAGUUUUAACCAUGCUUGUUUUUCCACCAUCACCGGUUAAUUCCCCCUUAUUCCCCUUUUUUCCCCACUGACAUCGACAUUCCGCCUACCAAGACCUACAGUUUUCGUUCAGGAAUCGAGAAUCCUAACUGAUUCUUAGUGCUGUUUAUUACAAUUUGUUUGUUUGGAUGUUUUAUUUAUUUAUAUUUAUUCCAAAUGUUAGUCCAUAUUAUAUUAUACUAUAAAACUAUGAGUGAUACCUAUCCUUCAAAAUAAUAUUUCGACGUUACAAGAAGGUUCCUUAAAUCCUAUUUAAAAAGAAUCUACUGAAGGACCAACAUUUAAAUGUCAAAAUCCUUUCAUGUGAGUAAAUUGACAGGUAGAAACAAUUGUUAUAAAUAUUACAAACUAAAGAAUUUUCAUUUAGGGUAAAGUAGGAUAGGUUAAAAGUAAUAUCUACAAGAAUGGGUCGUAUGUCCGGAAUAAAGUGGGAAAGAGCUUCACAGUGCAGGCCUGUUCACAAUAUAAUUUCAUCUGAUUUCCCCAAGUACAAUCCCCAACCAUGGAAAUUUAUGGAAGGGCGUUCUCAAAUACAAUGGAUUUUGUCGUAUGAAUAUCAAAGGAUGUGGUUAGAUGAGAGAGAAGCUUGGAAGAAGCGCAUGUAUCCCGAAAAUACUACAGUUAACGUGGAUAUCGUAAAGCGCUACGUUUUAACAUUUAAAACGAACCAUCACCCUCCUAAGCAGGAACAGAAAUUACCGUUUAAAAUAAAAAAGUUUGAAGGAGUGGGAAGUAAAACGUCUUCCAAACGUACAACGGGCGAUAAAGCAAUGGAAUACAAAAAAAAUAAGAAAACCGAAUAGUAAAUUUGUCACAAGAGAUGAAUUAAAUAUUUGACAUUGUUUGUAUCAUUUAUGUUUGUUAUAUCUACUUAUUAUAUUAGCGCUUUAUUUUCCAAUAAAAUAUAUU